GACUGUAGCAUAUGAAGAUUUUAACAAGACAAAGGCUGCUCUGCGACACAUAGAGAACAAAUUGGAAGCUGUUCCCUCCAGCAGUGCUGUGCUUAAUUCUGUAAUGGAUACAAAAAAACACUCUGGAAGUGCAUCAACAAGGAAGGUCAGCAGGAAGGAUGGUCGAUAUCUAGAAGAGACAAUUGCUUCUGUUGCAGCCCCAAAAGUCUCAUGUCACAAGUCCCGCAAGGAAAAAACAUCUCGGAGCCCUCUUCGAGCCACAACCUUAGAAAACAAUAUUAAGAAAAGCAGCCGGGUGGAGUUUCGUGAACCUGUAGCUUCAUUCAGGGAUGCCACUGGAAGGAGUUCAUCUUACUUAACAUCCAGCCAGCUUGAAACACAGCAUUUGCUAUCUGACUUGAAUCGCAGCGACUUGCACAACAGUGAUGAGAGGCUGAGCCGUAUGAUCUAUGAACGGGACACUCGAGAUCUUCAGAGCCAGGAGUUUGAACUUGGUCAUUCGUGUUCUGUGAAUGAUACAGUUGUCCGGUUUCUGAAUGAUCAUGAGGCGAUCAGUGCCUUACAGAACACUGAAGCACUUUCUCAGUAUGAGAGGACUAAAGAAAGAACUUCAGAAGGAUACAAGGGCUCUGAAGAGCAUAGUGCAAUUCAUUUUCCUAAUUCUUUAUAUAAUAAGGAGCAGAAGGGGCUUCAUCCAUCAGAGACAUCUCAGUCUUCCACUCUUAGCCCUGUUUCACUUAGGCUUGAAAAUCUGAAGAGGAGACAACCUGAUGCCAAAUUGGAAAAAUUGAAGGAGAGGAUCAGGAAACAGUGUGAGCAGUCUGAAGAACUGGCUGAAAAAGGAAGAACAUAUGCUGUAGAACAACCUCUUGCUACAAACCUAGAAACAGCAGUGCCAACCACUAAAGUACGCAAAGUGGCAAAUGCUCCUCCUGCUCCAACAUAUAAAGGGUUUAAUCCAGUUGAAACCAAAGUCCGAACCCCUGAUGGAAAGGUGUGGCAUGAACAUGAGUACCAGAGUAUCAGCAGGGAGCUCUGUAGUGAUCUCAUGCUCAAAUCAUCAGAAAGUGGCAAAACAAAGGAGAAAUCAGAAAAAAGCAGCAUGAAGAAGACAUCUAAGCCAUUACGGAAAGUUCAGAAAAUGACUCAUUUGGACAGUUUGGAUCAUGGAACUAGUAGUCAUGUCAUCAAUACAAGUUCUUGGCGUGAAGGGCAGAAGCUUGUGAAGAAAGUCUUGGGUCCAUCUCCCAAGUUGCAAGAGAAGAGGGCGCAGUCUACUGACAGAACAGGACGAGAGAGGGAUGUCAAACCAGGGCAAACGAGGGCAGAGUCAGACACCAGAGUACAAGCAUGUCGCAGAAGUAGAGCGCAAAGUUCUGAAAGACCAUAUAGCAGAGUUCAUUCUGAGGGUAACCUGAUGAAAGCCUCCUCAGCAACCCUGAAUGAAAAAGCAGAAGAUGGAAACACUGUGAGCAAAGACUUUCUACCUGCAGAAAUCCAGGGGAUUUUAAGUGAUCUCCAGCUGGAUACCUUGGGUCAGAUUUCAAAACAAGACUUAGAACAAGUGCAAGAAACUGAUAAAGUCUUAGCUGCAAGAGUGUCGAGAAGUAGAAGCCCAACAAAGAGAAAAUCAGAAAAACUGAAUCCAAAUGAAGAGCUACAUGCAAUCUCCAAAAGGCGACACUAUGAUGCAGAUGUAGUGAGACAAUAUAUUGUCCGGCAGCAAGAAGAAAGGAAAAAGAAGCAGAAUGAGGAGAAGAAGGCACAGCAGGAAGCAAGUGAAUUAAAACAAAGGCGUUUGCAAGAACUUUACAAGAAACAAAAAGAAGCUUUUAAUAAGGCAAAGACAGCUUCUGAAGUAACAGUUUCAAAAGGGUUACAAGAAACAUAUUCAAAGUUUCUGCUUAGGCAGUCCCGGUUUGACGACCUUUCUGACCAUCUUCCACUGUCCGAGGACUCCCAGAAAAGGCCAGGCUAUCAGCCAUCUGGAGAGUCUGACAAAGAGAACAAGGGCCAGGAUCGUCCUACAAGUGCCUCUUCUAGCAGUGAUCUUUCUCUUUCAGAACCUCUGCAACCUCUUACAAGAAACGACCUUAUGGAGUUGACCUGGAUGCAGCCUGAUCGACUGAGUCCUGCAGGUGUUAGUAUGCAAAAACAACCCUCUGAUAUGGCAAGGGCAAAUCACUGCUCAGAGUUAAAUCUGAAAAAAGGUAAAGACUCUGCUGAAUGUAAGCCUGCAGUUGUAGCUUGGGAGAAAGGAGUUGGAAGGCAGCUGCCAUUGCAGUCUCAGCACUCCAUGUCACAGCAGGGUUUAAUGAAGAAUACAAAUCAGUACAGAAACCAGCUAGAUCGCAUUGAGGCUCUGAAAGCCACUGCGGCAUCCCUGUCUAAUCGGAUAGAAAGUGAAGCCAAGAAAUUAGCAGGUGCUGGAGUCCACUGUGGAGCAUUCCUCAGCUCAGAGCAUGAUGUACUCCAUACAUUUGUCGACAGUGUCAAGUGGGCAAAACCACUGAGCCCUCCAGUCCAUGAUGAGGAAGACGUCUUCUCUGCUAAGAUUCGUAAAAUGUUGGGGGUUCAUGUUGCACAGUCUUGUGAUGAUGUGUUUCCCGGAGUAGGCAGUGUUCAUGAGUUUAAAAAUGAGACUGAGCAUAUGAAAUCACUUGUACCUAGAAUGUCUGGAGUAGAAGGUCGAGAAGUGGAGCCUGACAAGACACCUUUACCCACUUUGGAUGUUCCUGUUCAACAGCAUGACAAGCUUUAUGAGAAAGUAGUUAAUUUCAAGUCCCAAGACUCCAGUUCUGGUUCUAUCAGUGAAGGCCCACUUUUGAGUGAAGAAAGUCUUUCUGAGGAUGAUAGGGUACAUGUCAUGAGCAAUCCUGUAAAAGUGCCUGAAUGUCUUAAAAUUAAGGAGUUCUGUGCAGAGGAGUCUAAUACAUUUAAACCCAUAAAUGAGUUUCAGAAACAGUCAGAAAAGUACUCUCCCUUUCCUUCUCAUUCUUCACUUCAGAGCAAAGCACCAUGGGAAGAGUUGACUAAGGGAAGCCCUUACAGUGUAAUCAACAUAUUUACAAAAAAUUAUCAAGUGCUCCAGAAGGGGCAUGUAGAAAAGUCAGAAAGAUGCUCCCCCAUCCUCCAUCCUUUACUUCCUGCAGUGAGCCCUGUUAACUCUUACGAGGAUGAUUUUGUUUCAUCUCAGGAGAGUGUCAGCAGUUUAGCUCUCAAGACAUCUUUGCAAGAAGCUAGCAGUGCCAGUAGUAUCAUCAGCAUCCACGAAGAACUACCCAACAGGAAAUCAGUAUAUGAAUUGUGUCCGUCAGAAAGGAGAAGCCCCCAUUCUCCAGGAUCACGAUCUGCAGGGUCUUCCAGUUCUUCAUCUUCUCGAAGAAGUAGAAAUGUUGAAGGGCUGGAAACUGGAGUCUUAAGUGCAGAACACGUACAACGCAAGGAAGAUCGGUUUACAGAAUCUACAGAACAUAGUUCUCAAGAUGGGAGACAAGGUGAACCGAGUAGUUCAUCCAGAAACAAUGAACGGGGUUUAAUAAUGGACAGUAAACUGGAUGUCUGCUCUGGUCAUUCUCUAACACGCUCCCCAUCAGACAAUGGAAAACUGAAAAAGAUGCCUACUUCACCUUCUUCAUCCCACAGCUCUGUAUCCCACAGUCCUUUACAGUCUGAGAUGUUUGUAGAUGCAUCAGCUGCUGUGAAUGUCACUGAUAAGUCUAAGCCUCCAGCUAGUAUGCCUGUGCCCGUGUCUGCCUUUUCUGGUUUUUGCUCCUCAGAUGCAUUUGUCAGUUUAAAUGUUCAGCCUAACCAGACAUCUCACACAAUUUCAACAGGUUCAAUGAAAUUUGCUCCAGCUAUCUUACAGCACCGUAUGACAGCAGAACUCAACUAUCUUGAUGCUAUUGAGGAAUCUGUUCGACAACUGUCUGAUAUUGAACGCACACGGGGUAUUUCACUUGCUCAACAAGAGAGUGUUUCCCUUGCACAGAUCUUAAAGGCCCAACAGCAGCGGCAUGAGCGUGACCUGGCACUUCUUAAAAUGAAAGCUGAACAAGAAACCUUGGAUACUCAGAGGCAGCUGGAAGAGACAAGGCAGAAAGCAGCAGAGGCACGAGCAGAAUGUCUUCAGCAGCUAGUACAAACACGCCAGGAGGCUGCAGAAAAACUAGAAGAGACUGCAAGUAAGCUUGUGACCCAGCAAGCCCAGGCUGCCUUGCUCACUGCAGAUGCUGCACGACAGAUUAUGGAGAUGACUGAAUUAGCUCGGUCACAGAUGAAGCCUGUAAAUGCACCAGCAGCAUCCAUUACAUCCCUUUUUGAUGACCAGCGCAAGCAACACACAGACUUCAUGAAACAGUUGCAAAUGAGAACUGAAAAAGAAAGUACUCAUAAUAGUAGCCAAAGGGAAAGUCCUUCUCUUUUGUCCUUGGAUAAAAUUGAGAACCGAUCACAUCAGGCGGAAAACACAGGCAUUUCCUCAGAGGAGAUGGUUCAUACAGCAGCAAAUUCUUCACUACGCAGUGACAGCAUACCAUCAUUACCAGAUGAAAAAGAUUCUACUUCAGUAGCCACAGAGUACUCACUGAAGUUUGAUGAGUCCAUGACAGAGGAUGAAAUUGAACAGCAGUCAUUUAGAUCAUUGUUGCCAUCUGAAAGCCAUCGUAGACUUUCCAUGGAGAAGAAACAAAUUCAAAGGGAAGAUUCUGAUGAGGAUCCUUCUGAUGAAAAGACUGCCAUAUCUUCGGUUAAGGAGUUCACCAUGCCAUUCUCAAGUGGACAAGAUAGCUUUUCCAGAUUCACAAUGGAAAUGGUGAGACAGUACAUGAAGGAAGAAGAGAUGCGAGCAGCCCACCAUUCUUCUCUACUUCGCCUAAGAGAAAAGGCACUAAAGGAGAAAACCAAAGCAGAGCUGGCCUGGCUGGAUCUCCAGAAAAAGCGUUUGCGAGACAAAGGUGAAGAUGAUAAAAUGCCUCCCAUUCGAAAAAAGCAACGUGGUCUACUUUUAAAGCUUCGACAGGAACAGGCUGAAAUUAAGCGUCUUAAAGAAGCAAACAAGGCAGCCAGAAAGGAGAGACAGCUGAUACUGAAACAGCAAGAAGAAAUAGAAAGGAUGCGGCAAACCACAAUAAAGCUACAAGAGAAACUAAAGUCUGCAGCAGAAGCCAGUUUAGAGCUGAACAGUUUGGGUUCUUCAGAAGAACAUGCAAAGCCAAGUUGCACCUCAAGCCCUGUCUUGACAGACCUAGAGACCAGAAGUACUUCCCCAGUUUCCAUUUCUGGGAGUGAAACAAGCAGCAUCAUGCAAAAGCUGAAGAAAAUGCGCACUCACAUGGAUGAAAAGUUCUUGACAAAGCGUGAACAGAAGCUUAUGCAGCGACGUCGCCAUGCUGAAGAAUUGUUGGAAUGGAGACGACGCCUUGAUGCUGAGGAGGCUGAAGUUCGGCGCAUUGAAAAGCAAGCUUUGGCAGCAUGGGACAAAGACCGUGUCAAGCAGAAAACAUCAAAGAAGGAAUUGGGAGAAAGCAGCCCAGAUCAUAAAGAAACAGUUGAAGAGUCAUCUCCAGUGCCAUGCCACUCUCAAAUGAACAGUGAAAGUUCCAUCCCAGAAGAAAUGGGUAGCUUGCCUGCGGAGACUGUGGUAUCAGAGGUUAUAAACCAGGGUCAGUCCGUUAGUCCUGACCCCAGCAUGUGUAGUGAAGAGGCUUAUUCUCAUGAAUUUGAAUCAACUUCCUCACCAAAUAAACAUUCUCCUUCUAAGACAAGUACCUCCACUUCAAAGCAGAAAUCUAAACAAGAAAAUGUUAAUGCUGGAUCACAGGUCAAGCUUUUAGUAAACUGCCGUAACACCUCUGGAAGUUGGUCUGAUGAGUCCUUAUCAUUGACUCAUUCUGAAACUGCAUCUGAUCAGAGUGAUAUUGAGAGCCGAAUCAGAGCUCUGAGGGAAGAGCUGAAGCAGCGAAAAGCUAUUGCAGAGCAGCUCAAGAAAGAGCAGAAAAAGCGGUAUAAAGAGAGGCUGAAAGCACAAGAAGCCAGUUUAAUAAAACAGCUUGAGUCCUAUGAUGAAUUCAUUAAGAAAACCCAAGCUGAACUUAGCAGGGAUUUGGAGUCCUCACCAACUACUAAACCAAUGAUUAAAACACCAUCCUCAGCAGUUGAGAAGCCAAAGAUUAAAACAGCACCACUUCACAGACAUGAAACAGCAAAGUCCAGGAAAAGUCUGACUGAAUCUGAGAAGUCUAGAUCAUUACUGGAACCUGUUACAGAACACGCUUUGACAGCUUCUGAAGACCUGCAUACUGCUCCCAGUAAGAAGUAUUUUGGACCCGAAGCAAUAUCAGAGGAGCCUUCUAGAAGUUCAUUUCCUGUUCCCAAAUCACAAGUGAGAGCUGUAACAGAGUUUGCUGAUGAGCCUUUUCAUGGAGAUCUACCGGAUAGCAGUAAAGGAACAGGCCUGCCAGUUGGCAAGCAAGAUAAUGUUUCUGGUGGUGAAAGUGUAGUUUCCAGCCAUAGAACUGGUAUUCAAGAAGAAUUAGAACACACAAAAUCAGAAGAGUCUGAAUUAGAGGACGCUUAUAGUCAGCAUUCUGAUAAAUCAGAACCACUUUUGAAGCUUAGCAUUGUAAAACUGUCACCUACAAAUGAUGUUGGUAAUCACAGUGUCCUGCCAAAACAAAGUGAAUGUGAAGCCAAAAAUGAGCAUCUUAAUGAAGAUAAUAUUGAUUUAAAAGAUAGUGUGUUUUCUAUUGAAGAUGAUGCAGCUAGUGAACUUUCAGUCAGCUCAAUUAGAAGUGUGAAUUCAGAAAGAUCAUCUGACAUUCUUAGUCAGAAGACUUUGGAAAAAGCUUCCAUUUUCAGUGAUGCUGUUUUGCAGCAUAAAGAGCUUUCUGAUUCAGAGGUGAAUAUAUUUUCCCCAAGAAAAGAAGAGUCAGCUUAUGGAACUCCUCAUACAGAAACUUACAAAGACGGUUUCGAGUUAUCUUCUCCUAGGAAAGAAUACUCAUAUAGUGAAACAUUUACAGAAAUGCAAGAUCAUUCUCUGAUAAAGGAUGAAACCAAACAAGAACACACAGAACCUAGGUCACCUUCCCCUACUACUUUUGAAAUGAUUGAGCAUCAAUGCAAAAAAUCUUUGUCAUCUCAUGAAAGCUUGCAUUCAGAGAGAAUGGUUGAACUUAGGUCCCCAACAGAACUGAGUAAGGAAAGGGAACGCAGUGAUGUUGAGUAUCAAGAGCAGUCGUUUUUUAUGUCUGUAUCUCGCUCCCCAUCUCCAGAUGUUGAAUAUGCAGACACAUUAAUGGAUUUUAACAUAGGAGACAGAGUGUUAGUUAAUGGCACUCAAGCUGGUACUUUGAAAUUUAAAGGGUGUGUCAUCUUUGCCAGUGGAUACUGGGCUGGAGUGGAAUUAGACAAAUUGGAAGGAAGCAAUAAUGGCACAUUUGAUGGAAUUGUUUACUUCCACUGCAAGGAUAACCAUGGCAUUUUUGUUUCCCCACACCAGCUCUCUCAUUUGCCAAAGAGUUUUGAAACUUUCGUUGAGACAACUGAAGACUCGUUUUAUGAUGCUAAACUGGUUUGUCAGCAGAAACAAGAUGAAAAAAGUAAUACUGAUGAGUGUGAAAAGAAUAAAGUGAAACAGUAUGUAGAGGGCAUAUGGGAAGGUGUUUCAUCAGAAGAAACGGAAACUAUUUUUGUGGAAAAAAGUGGUAAAUAUUCUAACUUGAAAGAAAAUACUAUACUUAUAACUGAGUCACCAGAAAUUUUAAAGCAUGCUGUUGAAGUAAGUGGUGUUGACUCUGGUACCAUCCAAGAUGAAAAUAAGCUUAAUGAGCUUUUCAGCAGUGUUGUUGAAAAAGUCACCAGCUGCAUCUUAGAUGAAAGUUUUGACAACUUACUGAAUGAAGAGUUGAAAAAACAACAAUCUUUAGAUAACAGGUCACUUGAAAAGAAAGAAAAGCUGCCUUCUCUUCAUGACAAAUCAUUUACCCCUCUGCUUGACCUUUUAACCAAGGAGAAGGAUCAUCUGGAUUCUCAGCUUAAAGCUGCACCUGCUGAAGCUGUAGAGAUAUUUGAUGACAUGUUGCAGGAACAUGAAGCUGUAGUAGAAGAGGAUAAAGUAAGUUUGCUCACAGACCGUCUUCUGAAAGUUGUUUUGAAAGACAGCAUAGAACAAAUCCAGCAAAUUAUGAAAGCUCAUAAUGAGAAGAUUGAGAUUGCUGAUAGAGACCUUCAGACUGAUUUCAAUGAUGAAUCCAUUCCUAGGAUGCCUCCAAAACUGCUUUCUUUCCAGGACAAAGUUGCUGGUAGUUUGCAAAGCCUUCUGAAAACUGAUCAACCUGAUGGUGAGAGAGAGAAAACAUCAUCUCCAGACGUGUAUCCAAGACCGGAAAGCCCAAUUUUUGGCACAAGCGGACAAGAGGAGCUGGCUAAACGUCUGGCUGAAUUGGAGCUGAAUCAGAAGGUCUUAAGCAUUCUUGGGGAUGAUCAGAGUUGGUUUGAGGAUGAAUUUGGCUUGCAUUCUACUUCAGUACGACAGCAAUAUAAGAAAGAAGGGCAGCAAAGGCUACAGCAGGUGAUAGAUUUACCAGAAGUGAUUCCAAAACCAGAAGAGGAAUCUGUAUGUGUUGUACCACACACGCAAGCAGAAGUGGAGGCACUGGCAGUGUUAGCUGUGGAGGAACUCUGGAAAUGGAAGGAGCUUGGGCAUGAUUUGCACGGUAUCAGUGCUUCACUUGAUUUCCUAGGAGAGCCCUCCAAGUGUCCAGAUAUGGAGAGCAUCAGUAAGCGGGUAUAUAAACAGGCUGUGUUUGAUCUGACAAAAGAAAUUUUUCAAGACAUUUUCACAGAAGAUCCCAACCUUGGUCAGCCACCGUGGAUGAAACCAUGCACAGUAACCCCUGCCUAUUUCAGACGUGUGCAUAAUCCUAGUGACCUUCAUGAAAUCAAGACUUUCAUAGCUGCAGAGGUGCUGAAGUUGUUUGGCUUGAGGAAGGAAAAGAACCACAAAACUGAAAUGCAAAACAUGAUGAAAUUUGGUCGAAAGAAGCGUGACAGAGUGGAUCACAUCCUGGUUCAAGAGCUGCAUGAUGAAGAGGUCCAGUGGAUAAACUAUGAUGAAGAUGAGUUGUGUGUGAAGAUGCAACUAGCUGAUGGAAUUUUUGAUGCCUUAAUUAAGGACACCGUUAAUGUUUUAAAUCAAAUUCAGGAAAACCAGCGACAAGUAGCAGCUGUGUGACACUGGUUUUUCAGGAUUCAUGAGAAGGGCUGUCCUUUGAAUGAAGUUCACUCUGGUGCUCAUGUAGGUCCAGAGUUGCAUGGUAGCACAAGUGACACACUGCUCCAGCAGUCCCAGCACCUUAUGUAAUACGUGGUAGGUGAUUCAUAGUCCCCCACACUGCUAAUACUGUAUCCAUUGACAUCAUCACUCACUUCCCCAGGAAUUUGUUUUUCUGAUCGCUUUAACAUUCUGUUUGGUAGAACAUUUAAGCACACCAGCCAGAUCCUUGAUCAGAUGCUGUACUACUGAUGAGCACAGAAACUUUGCCACUGUUUUGGGUUAGAUAUUAUUUUACAAAAGUAUGCCAGAUAGUGCCAUAUUGCUACAAACCGACUGUCACACACUCCUGACAGAAACAUUCAACUCAUGCUUCCAUCUUAAAGUUGGUUAAAUGAUGCUGCCAGUUAUGUACUGCAAGCCAUUGUCAUAGACUUUGUGCCAAGAUGAGUUGUAAUAUGUAGGGAGCCCUCACUUUAUAGUGUGAUUCUCAGUAGGUUUCCCCUAGAGUGACUAGUAAUUCAUAGCUUUUCAGAACAUGGAAACACAUGUAGUGCAACAUUAAGCUGAACUAUAACUUGCUCUUCUAUUUUGAGUUAAAAACAGUGCUGACAUUUGUGUUCUUUUUGUAUUAUAACUUAAGUACCACCUUCAGAAGCAGAGGCAUUGUUAUGUAAGGUGGCAUUAAAUUAAAAGUACUGCAUUAUAGUCGUACUUGGAUCAUCAACUGCUGGUGUUUUUCAUCAUGUGCACACUGUACCAACUUUGAGUGCAAUUGGGCACAGAAUUUCCCUACCGUAUAGAGCAUUGUGUCCCCCUCAUGCUUGGAUUUUUUCACACCUGCAAAGUACAGUGUUUACAUAUAAACCUAGACCAGAUUAGGGUAAACACAGUAGAUGAAAUAUCACUUUCAGUGCUUUACUUUGUGCCUGUGUUUUAUUUCAUACGUUGUCUAAAUUGUAUGGGUGACAUAGAAAAUGUAUUGCAUUUGGAAUAGCUACUUGGAAAUCUGAGCCAGCCAAAAUUCCUGUGCUUUUUUUUUUAAGUCAUACCUUUAAUUAUUCUCAGCAUUAGCAAGACAUUGGUGGUAAAGGGACUGAAUUAUCAUUUAUUUAUUUAUUAAUUUUCUUGCUGUCCAUGGAUAAGAAAGGAUUACAAGUACCAGACUCAAAUACUUUGUUUCCCAUUAUUUUAACAGCUAAUUUGUAUGGCACUGUUUUACUUUGUUCCACUGUUCUCUUCUCCUGAGAAACCCCUCAUGUCUGCAGCUAGGUAGUGUUUUAUGUUUUUUUUUUUAUUAUUUUAAGUUCUAAGACGUGUCUUCUCUGCUCUGUUCUUUCACCUGACUCAACAUAUGAACAGUGGUCAGCACUGGUUUCUGUAAUUAACUCUUGGAUGCCAUUUUGAUGGGUUAGAGAGAUAUUUUCAUGUAAAUGUUCCCUGAAGGAUAUUAUUUUAUUCUAGACACUAACAUGGCAUUAAAGGUUCUACUUCAGAAACCUCUGCUAACAAAUAUUAAGGAAUGAUUGAGGAAAAAGACCAAAACAUGUAAGCUUGAAAUUCAAAUGACAACACUAACAAAGCAAAAUUAAUUUGUGUGAGCAAGCAUCCAGCAUUGUAGACAUGCUGCUAUUUAAUUAUACACGUUUUCAAGUUGGUUCAGCUUGGAGUAAAAAUAGAAAAGUACAAGUGGUUUAGGAUUACUUCGGUGUUCUCCAACAGCAGUUUGAAAGAAAGUAGUUGAGUUGGGGGUUGAAAUCCCUUUACAGUGUGUGGGGUUGGGGAGUACAGGGAGCUGGUGUGCUCUGCCUUAACUUUAUUUAGUUAUAGUGCGAGUUUUGAGCUUUUGUGUUUUCAUUUUUUUCUGUUUUAGGAUUCAGUAUUUACUUUCAUGGUUUUUAAGGUUAGUUAAGUAACAAACUAUGGCUUUCAUACUUGGGUACAGUUGAGAAUGUUGAGAAGGCAUCACAUGACAGUGCCUUUGUGGAGCUUUUUAACUACAGAGGAAUUAUAUAUGGUUUCGACUGUCUUUUAACUUGUGCAAGACAAGAAUUUGUUUUGCUGUGCUUCCCAUCUGGGAUGCACUAUCAUGUUAUAGUGGAAUCUGUCGAUUUUGACAAGUUUACCUCUGUGGCUUCCCUCUCCAAAUAUUAUGGUUCUGAAUGCCUCUUCUAUACAGCACCUCAUAGGAAAUCCCUUUUUUUCUUUUUUCUUUUAUUUUUUGAUUUAUUCCAAAGUGGUAAUUAUGUGAGGCAUCUUCAUUUUUUCAGGUUUGUUGUAAGGGAUUUAGUGUACGAAAUAUCAAAUUUAAGUUUUUUUUUUCUUUAGACAUGCUGUGGUACCUGAAGCUCAUAGUUCAUUUCUUUUUUUCUCCAGAGUCUUUUGCUUUUUGUUUUAUUGCUUAGCUCUAGAGAUGAGUUCAGGUGUUGACAUGCACAUCUGGAAAGCAUUAGUAGAUAAAACUGUAAAUGCUUUGUGGCACUAUUUUUUUAUGAUUUAUUUUAAGCAUGUUUUAUCUUGUUAAAAACAAAAUAUCCUCAAAGCAAAAUAUUUUCUUGAUAUAUUUUAAUAUAAAUAUAUACUCAUCUUUCUGCCUGUGUUAGCAAAAAUGAUUUCUCCUGUUCAGUGUGAUGGUGACAUCAUGCAGAAUCUGUCACAGAUCUACUUGCAGUUCACUUUUGUCCUAUUUCCCAGCCUCAUGUCAACCCUUAGUGAAUCUGACAGUCUUAUCUCCUGGUACCCUCAGAAGAAGUGCAUACACAAAGUCUUCUGUUUGCUUAAUCUGCCUCUUACUGUAGUGCUUUCCUUUUUUUGAAUUACUGUAUCUUAUUACAUUUCUCAAAUGCACUUGCAUGGUUUAUUAUACCUAGCAAUAGAAUGCAUACAUUUUAGACGUUUCGCACAAGGCUUUCAACUUCUGUCUUGUCCAUCAGGCUUUUUUAGCUGUGCUCUGACUUACAGCUCUCGGAUUUGCAUCCAGUCCCUUAGACGUAAAGGCCAACUAGUGCAACUUUUAGUAUAGUGUAUAUAACACAAAGCAAGUUUAGCUUUGUAUGAAAAAAUUUUAAGAUGUCCAUAAUAUGGUAUGCAGAGAAAGGUGAACAUAUUCAUAGAUGGUCAUUUUUAUCCAUAUCAUUUUUCGUUGCUGAUGCUUGAUGUGAUUUAAUUUAUGUAAUUCUUUCCGGUCACUUUCAUAAUCAUCUUUUUGAAGAUACUUUUAUAUUUUGCAUACUGCAGUAAGCAGAUGGUACAAAUCUCCAUCUUUUCAAUAAGAGCUGUUUAGAAGAAAGGUUUGUUCAUGUAAUCUUUGUCAGAAAUACAGAGUAGGAUAACUUUGGCUGUGGUGGGUGAAUGGUGCAGAUUAAAUGGUGAGAAAGGACUGUAAUUUAAAACCCAGGUGUGAAACAUCAAAGUUUAUGCCUGUCUACAUUUCUUGACUGCAUGUUUCAAGUAAGACCAGGCAGUUAGUGCAUUACCACUUUGGUAGCUAUUGCAGAGACUGCUGCAUUUGAAUAGCUUUUAUUUUCUUUUAUGCUUUCCUUUCAGUUAGCCUUUGGUAUUGCACUGUGUUGUGUUGGUGUCUCCAUGUUAUAAAAGCUGCGAUACUUAGCUUUGUGUAGUUUUAACUCACAAGCACUCGUUCUGUUAAAGUCUGCUGAUCUCAGUUGUGAAAAUAUGUUUAUCUGUUGACUGAGCCUCUGAAUUUGCAAUUUGUGGUGUUAGUUUACUGCCUUGGAGUUAAAUAUAGCUGGAGAUAGAAUGGAAUGAGUUAAUGUUGAUUAAGCAGUGUACAGAAAAUUAAGUGGCUUGUAACUUUUAUUUAAAUGUGAUUGAUAAUACAGGAAUGCAAGGUGAGGGAUUUUUCCAUUUUCCUUGAAAUACAGAUUUAUGUUGCGCACAGAUAUAAAUUAAUAUUUUAGUACACAUACUGCUUUUUACAGAAACACUGAUUAAAUUGUAAAAGGUUAAGGUAUACAUAUACAGAUAAAAUGUCAUGGAAUAAGUUGCUCAUUUCUUCUUCAAGGGGUUUAUGAAGAUCUGUUUUGAGGUUGCUUCUGCUAACUACUAGUAAGUUGGUAGUUAUGUUUCAGACUGGUGGGAUGUUUCUUUUUUUAUUGUGUACUCUGUUGUUAGGCUAUAUAAGUAACAUUUAAAGACAUAAAUGUGAUGAUCAGUUUCAUUACUUCAUUCAGUGUAGUUAAAGGAACUAAGGCACCACCAUCUUUGCUGCUAAAGAGGAAACUUGAAUUGCACCUUUUUGUGCAUUUAUUUUUACUGUUUGAUACUUAACUAUUUUUUGUUUACAGAAUUGCUGUAAGAAGGCUUUUUACUUGAACAAGUUAAAAUAGCUUGUGUGUGUUAUAAAGCAUAUUUACUUAGCUUAUCUUAAGUUAUUUGCUUGCUCUACUACCUUGUAUUUAAACUUAAACUGAAUGCUUUGACUCACAAAAAUGAAAACUCAGUAUUGGGGAACCAGUAGUUUGAUACUGUAAGCCAAGUUCAUGAUUCAUGUUUGCUAUUGUGUAAAGAACUUAUUGGCACUUUAUCAGAUUUUCUUACAUUUAUCUCUGCUUAAACAAGAUUUCUAGUACAACCCUAAAUAGACAGUGAUAGUUUAUUACUGCAUACUAACAAUUCAGUGUCACCCUUUUACCUGCUGCAGUAACAUUUUGCUGAAAAGUCACAGUAUGCAGCAGAUUCAAAGCACUUUUUUAUAUUCCUAUGUCUGUAUUGAUUCUAGUAUAAUGAGAAAGCUGUAUAUUUCAUGUUGCCUAAAUGUAAUAAAAUGGUAUGAAAUGCCAAUAAAUUAAAUUUUGUGAAUAAUUUUACCAGGUUUGACAAUGUUAUACCAUUAUGAUCCAAAUUUUGAAUUUUCAACUGUUGCUUCAUUAUUUAAGAGUGUAUAACUUUGGGAUUAAACCACUGUUAUAUUCAUUUUUAAUAAUUUGUGUUUUUGCCUGAUUUCCAUCCUUCAAGCAAUACCUCAAGACAUGUGCUUGGCAAACAGUAACCAUUUACUAUGUAAACAUUUGUAGUGAACUGUGCUAAAAAAUCAGUUUGCCACUAAAAAUGUGGUUAGCUUGAUAUCUAAUGGGUGAUAUGAUUCAUUAAUGAAGCUUUUAUAUGCAUUAAUUAAAAAGUGACCUUAAAUAUGCAACACUUGAAAAAAUGCCAGGAAAUGCAAUCAUUUUAUAUACUUCAUUAAACUAGCAUUAACAAGUACAGACAACUGCACUGAAACAAGCACUUUGCUUCAGUAUCAUUUUAACACCCUUUAUUCACCUAUGCAUACAUGUAAUACUACUUACACUAAGGAAAGGGUAAGCAUUUUGCAUAAGGGUUGUAAUGGAGCUCAAACUCUGUGUAGACUUCCAUAAUAUGCUAGUUAGGCAAGUAUGCAUGUAACAAAGUAGAACAAGAGUUAAACACAUCCUUCAUGUAAGAGUCUAGCCUAGGCAUGGGUGUCACAGAUCUUAAAAAUACAAAUCUGAAAGUCCUGCACAUCAUGGAAGGGUAACUGUUGUUCACUGGCUUUGUGAGAGAACAUUUUUGUAGUGGUAAUUGAAUUUGCCUUUUCAAUGAUACCACACUCGUACCCCCCCCCCCCGAUGUUGCCAUUCCUUCACUAUUUUGACCCAUUCAUUCUUGCCUUUGAUUGGGAGCCAGGCACCUUCACUCCAGCCAGACAUCCUAUCUCCCAUUCAUCCCCUGACUGGAAGGCCUUAUCAGCUCAUUUGCUUCCAGGAGAGUCUUGAGUCAGCUGGUUGGAAGUGGGCCAGUCUUCCAGAACCACUGGACUUCCCUCUUUAACCCCUGGAACUCACUUAAGCUUCACAAGUACUGCCUGCUGUGGGGAAGCAUUCAUGCCUUCACAUGUCUUUCCAGUGGUUUAGUGAAGUGCACCCAGGAUUUCACGUGCCCAGGAUGCUUGUUCUCAUUGCAACACCUCCCAGUUGGUGUCCCUUGAGUGGCAAGCCAGAAGUGCUUUCCUUCCCCAGGAUGAGCAAGCUAACAUGACCACUCACUCCCAACUUCCUCAGCCUGUCCUUUUCAGAAUCUGUGUUGUUAAUUAAGCAUGAGCCUUUUGGGUAGCAGUCAGGGCUUCAUAUUUCUUUACCACAGGAGCAGGCUGAUUUCAUAGACAGGUAUUAUAGGGAAUUGCAGGCCAAUAUUCAUAUAGCUGAAGUACUGACCCAUACAGAUAUAUCCAUUGCCUUACUUGAAGGAUGUUGUCAUGUUCAUUAGUGUGAAAAUACGAUCUCUCAAGUUUUUAGAUCUUUUGUAAAGUAUUAGAGUUUCUGAGGAUCAGCCACUUUUUUUGUCAUUAUCAGAACAGGAAAUAAAAUUGACAAUACAGCCUAGCUGCCACCUUCUUAGAGUACAAGCUGUUGAGCCUGUUCCAUUAUGUUGCGUAUAUAAAAUAAGGAAAUAUGCUUGAACUGGUGAUGGGGAUUCCUGCUUUUAAAAUAAAUAGUGGCUUAUUAAGAAAAUUAUUGUGUAAUGGGCCACUGAUAUUUCAGAGUAUGCUUUUCUCCAACAGUAUAUAGCCCUGAGAAUAGAAGAACAUUUUUCAGUACAAUACUAGAGCCAAGUACUGUUUACUUCUUUCUUUCAUUAUUUUCUGAAAAAAAAAAGUUCAUGCACGUACACACACACACACACACACACACACACACACACACACACACACACACACACACACACACACAUAGAGUUGCCUUUAAAAGGCAUAUGUUGGGGUUGAAGUGCUUUUGAUGCAGUUUUGAAAGUUGAUGAGUUUUAUUGAACAGAGUAUGGUUUGGUAGAUGUACAUUGUUUAUUGGAAUAUCUGUUUAAGAUGACAGAUGUUUACAGAAUAAAAAAUGAAACUGCAUAUUAUACCUUGUAGAUUGAAUUUACUGUGGUUAUUCACAGCCCCCCCCCCCCAAUGUUUCUGAUCCUACUACAUUUUUUGGAUUUAUAAUUUGAAAACCUUAAAUAGACUUUGAGUAAGUACAUAAGGCUCAGGAAUUUGAACCAGAGUGAUAUCCUAAACCCACUUGUUUGGGUUAGUAAUGAUGUGAAAACUGUUAUUGAGAGAUUAUGAAUAAUAUUUAAUUUUAAAUUAAACAUUGGAUUAGCAGCAGUCAUUUCCAGAAAUCCAAACUGAUCACCUUCUCCAUUGCAGUUUAAGUGCAAACAAUACUCAAAAAGUGCUUGGCUUCAUAUCAGUGCAGACCGUAAGAAGAACAGUAUGUUGCAGAAGAAGAUACUUUGUUUCAACUGCUCUGCAUUCUGUUCUCCAAAGUUGUCGAAUGUGUCAAGGUAUUGUUAUAGACACUCUAUCCCUAGUUUAUGAUAAUGUAAUGCUGAAUUAGCCUUUGUAUUAAAUGCAGACUGUAAAUAGAAUAGCUUUAUUCUUCAGUUUUAGCCCUUUGUUACUUCAAGAGCACUGUACAUUGAAGAGAAAACUGAUAUGCAUAUGUAAUUACAAGCUGUAAAUUAGGAGUUUUGCCUGUGAAUACAAUUGUACAUAUGUUUAAAAUGUAUUUUAAAACAAGGUAUGUAAAUAAAAAUUCACUGAUUACUAAUUUA